AUGCCCACUAUUUCUUGGACCAUUAUCAAAGACAGGAAAAAAUUCUCCGACCCCUGGUUCAGCAAAAACUACACCGAACUCCGAACUGAAGUUCAAGUUAUCAACGACAUGACCAGCCGCGACGGCGACAACCAAUCAGAAACCAGCCUGACUGGCAGAUGGUUACCAAGAGAGACACUCCCAACAGCCCCUGAUCUGGAAGCAAACAGACCAUUAUUAUCAAGAACGACUACCCUGCAGGGCUCAGAAGGCCAACGCGGCCGAGGAGCCAUGUCCGACAAAAGUUCUCAACGGAGCGUGGAGGGAAUUUGGGCACGACUCAGGCUCGACGCGAGGAUUGUUUCUGAUUCGAUAUUGGGAUUGUCAGAUGGUCUCACCGUACCUUUUGCUCUCACAGCAGGCCUGACGGCUCUUGGAGACACCCGGGUGGUGAUCCUGGGUGGUCUCGCAGAGCUCAUUGCCGGAGCAAUUUCCAUGGGACUGGGCGGUUACGUGGGUGCCAAAAGUGAAGUAGAAUCUUAUAAUGCGACCGUCCGGAGAUGCGAUGAAUUGGUCUACGAAGAACCAGAUACAGCUCGUGACUAUGUCCAGGAGUAUUUCGAACAAUUCGGCAUGUCCGAGGAGGACACGAAGCGGAUAGCAGACCGGAUCAAAACUUCGACUCCCGGGUUCAAGGAAUUUCUCCUCCAAAACCACUUCCAAGCACCAAAGCCGGAAACUGGCCGGCCAUAUCUUUCAGCAAUCACGUUGGGUAUCAGCUAUUUUGUCGGCGGGUUCCUUCCACUCAUACCCUACUUCCUUGUGCCCCGAAACGAUGUCCUUUUGGGCCUAUGGUGGAGUAUUGGUCUGAUGGGAAUCGUCUUGCUAGUCUUUGGCUAUGUCAAGACCGGAGUCGUCCGCGGUUGGACGGGAAGUGACAACUACCGGGCCUGUAUAGGCGGAGCCCUGCAGAUGCUCGUUGUAGGUGUACUGGCAGCCGGCGCCGCUGUGGCUUUGGUGCGGCUCAUUAAUGGGAGCUGA